AUGAAAUUGGUUCUCUCCCUCGUUUGUGGGAUUCUUGGAGUCAUUUUUGCACUAACCUUUUUGUACCUUUAUUGCUCACGGAGGGACAAAAAGGAUCAAGCUGCAACUGAUUCGGACAAAUUUCCCCAGGUGUCUUACCAAAGUCUUCUAAAGGCAACAAAUGGAUUCUCCUCAACCAACUUGGUCGGUAUGGGCAGUUUUGGGUCCGUUUAUAAAGGAGUAUUUGAGCAAGGUGAAACUACAGUUGCCAUCAAGGUACUCAACCUCGUUUGUCGCGGAGCUUACAAAAGUUUUAUUGCUGAGUGCGAGGCUUUCAAAAAUAUUAGACACCGUAAUCUUGUCAAGGUACUCUCAGCAUGUUCUGGUUUUGAUUAUCGCGGUCACGACUUCAAGGCCUUAAUUUAUGAGUUCAUGGUUAACGGGAGCUUGGAGGAAUGGCUAUAUCCAAUUCAUACAAUUGGUGAGACAAAUGAGAGGCCAAGGAGCUUAACAAUUUCUCAGAGGUUGAAUAUUGUUAUUGAUGUUGCUACGGCAUUGGAUUAUCUCCAUCAUCAUUGUGAGACGCCAAUAGUUCAUUGCGACCUCAAACCCAGCAAUAUUCUUCUCAAUGAGGACAUGGUUGCACAUGUAGGUGACUUCGGGUUGGUGAGGUUCCUACCAAAAGCUGCUGAAAAUUCUUCGGGAAAUCAAUCAAGCUCUUUAGGGAUCAAGGGAACUAUUGGUUAUGCUCCUCCAGAAUAUGGCAUGGGACAUGAAGUGUGGACACAUGUGUACAGCUUUGGCAUCCUCCUGUUGGAAAUAUUUACAGGAAAAAGACCGACCGAUGACAUGUUUCAGGGAACUUCAAACCUUUAUAGCUUUGUGAAGGCAGCUCUGCCUGAGCAAGUGGAAGAGGUUUUGGAUCCCGUUCUUGUUCAAGAGAGCAAUCAUCCUAAUGAGGGGAGGGCAAGGAAUCACAUCCUAAUCAUAGAAAGUUUAAUCUAUGUUUUAGAAAUUGGUGUUGCUUGCUCAGCGGAGUUGCCUAGAGAAAGAUUGAACAUCUGUGAUGCUGUGGCACAUAUGUGUCGAAUCAGAAACAAACUUCGAGCAAAUGGUAUAUGCGAAUAGAAGCUUAUUGUUAAUAAUGUGGUAUAGCAUGUAAUAGUAUUGAUGUUAUGUGAAAGCGUUCUCGUAUUUGUUAGAUAAAAAAUGCAGUGCAAAUGGCUAGUUGAUCAAUGUUUGCCAAACAAACUUACUUGCAUCGAAUUAUGCUUGAACAAUGACGUUCUAGCUU